GGAAGAUGGCCGCCUCCUGCAUGUGGCGGUGAGAGGAGUCGGGCUCUCCGGCGCCGCAGGACGCGUCUCCUCCGCUCCUCCCGCCGCCCGCCCGCUCCCGCUCCGCAGCCCGCCCGCCCGCUCGCGGCCCGCCGGUGUGCGAGGGCGCUGGGAGCCGCCAUGGGCCGGGCGCGCCUCCCGCCGCAGAGAGCGCAGGGCCCGCGGGGCUAGAGGCGCGGGGGAGGCCCGGGCCCGCUCCCCGCCGGCCGCUCGGACCGCGCGGGGCCGGGAGGCGCCGCGUCCCUCGGGAGCCGGACGGGGCUGCGGUCCGCGGGCGACGGAGAGGGAGGAGAGUGGCCAGGUGGAAGGCGCCGCUUCCCCCGGGCUCGUCCUGACCUGCAGACCUGGGAGAGGAGCCUCCCGCUGCCCUUGCCCCGUCCUCCCCGGGCAUCCACCUGCCGCAGGGACCCCUCGCUCCCCGCUGCCGCUCGCUGCUCGCUUGUUGCCCGGCGCUUCCCCUCCCAUGGAGUCUGAGAUGCUGCAGUCGCCUCUUCUGGGGCUGGGGGAGGAGGAUGAGUCUGACCUAACUGACUGGAACUUGCCUCUGGCCUUUAUGAAGAAAAGACAUUGCGAGAAGAUUGAAGGCUCCAAGUCUUUGGCUCAGAGCUGGAGGAUGAAGGACCGGAUGAAGACUGUCAGUGUUGCCUUAGUUUUGUGCCUCAAUGUUGGUGUGGACCCUCCUGAUGUGGUGAAAACAACUCCCUGUGCCCGGCUGGAGUGCUGGAUUGAUCCUCUGUCCAUGGGUCCUCAAAAGGCUCUGGAGACCAUCGGUGCGAAUUUGCAGAAGCAGUAUGAGAACUGGCAGCCACGAGCCAGGUACAAGCAGAGUCUUGAUCCUACGGUGGAUGAAGUUAAGAAACUGUGUACGUCCCUGCGGCGCAACGCCAAGGAAGAGCGGGUUCUUUUCCACUACAAUGGACAUGGCGUCCCCAGGCCCACAGUAAAUGGGGAGAUCUGGGUCUUCAAUAAGAACUAUACUCAGUACAUCCCUCUGUCCAUCUAUGACCUGCAGACCUGGAUGGGCAGUCCUUCCAUCUUUGUCUAUGACUGCUCCAACGCUGGCCUUAUUGUCAAGUCCUUCAAACAAUUUGCACUACAGAGGGAGCAAGAGCUGGAGGUGGCUGCAAUUAACCCCAACCACCCACUUGCUCAGAUGCCUUUGCCCCCCUCCAUGAAGAACUGCAUCCAGCUGGCAGCCUGCGAGGCCAACGAGCUGCUGCCCAUGAUCCCCGACCUGCCCGCAGACCUUUUCACCUCAUGCCUUACUACACCCAUCAAAAUUGCUCUGAGAUGGUUCUGCAUGCAGAAGAGUGUCAGACUGGUGCCAGGAGUCACGCUGGAUUUGAUAGAGAAAAUUCCUGGAAGACUGAAUGACAGGAGAACUCCCCUGGGAGAGCUGAACUGGAUCUUCACAGCCAUCACAGACACCAUUGCAUGGAACGUCCUGCCCAGAGAUCUCUUCCAGAAGCUCUUCAGGCAGGACCUGCUUGUGGCCAGUUUAUUCCGUAACUUCCUGUUGGCAGAAAGGAUCAUGAGAUCUUACAACUGCACCCCAGUCAGCAGCCCCCGCCUGCCGCCCACCUACAUGCACGCCAUGUGGCAAGCAUGGGACCUUGCUGUUGAUAUUUGCCUUUCCCAGUUACCUACAAUUAUAGAGGAAGGAACUGCCUUUAGGCACAGUCCGUUCUUUGCCGAGCAGCUGACGGCGUUCCAGGUCUGGCUGACCAUGGGCGUGGAGAACCGCAACCCCCCGGAGCAGCUCCCCAUCGUCCUGCAGGUGCUGCUGAGCCAGGUGCAUCGGCUGCGAGCUCUUGAUUUGCUGGGAAGAUUUUUGGACCUGGGCCCCUGGGCAGUUAGCUUGGCCCUCUCUGUUGGCAUUUUCCCGUAUGUGCUGAAGCUGCUUCAAAGUUCAGCUCGUGAGCUGAGACCACUUCUUGUCUUCAUCUGGGCCAAAAUCCUGGCAGUGGACAGCUCCUGCCAAGCUGACCUUGUGAAGGACAACGGUCACAAGUAUUUCCUUUCAGUGCUGGCAGAUCCUUAUAUGCCAGCUGAACACAGGACCAUGACAGCUUUCAUCCUGGCUGUGAUUGUUAACAACUACAACACUGGACAGGAAGCUUGCCUUCAAGGAAACCUGAUUGCUAUUUGCCUGGAGCAGUUAAACGAUCCCCAUCCUCUCCUGCGUCAGUGGGUGGCCAUUUGUUUAGGACGCAUUUGGCAGAACUUUGACUCAGCCAGGUGGUGUGGUGUGAGAGACAGUGCUCAUGAAAAGCUCUACAGCCUCCUCUCGGAUCCAAUCCCAGAGGUUCGCUGUGCUGCAGUCUUUGCUCUGGGAACAUUUGUGGGCAACUCUGCAGAACGGACCGAUCACUCCACCACCAUCGACCACAACGUGGCCAUGAUGUUGGCCCAGCUCAUCAAUGAUGGGAGCCCCAUGGUCAGGAAGGAGCUGGUGGUGGCUUUAAGUCACCUAGUGGUUCAGUAUGAGAGCAAUUUUUGCACCGUGGCCUUGCAGUUCAUGGAAGAGGAGAAGAAUUACCCUCUCCCUUCUCCAGCAGCCCCAGAGGGGGGCAGUUUGACACCAGUGCGAGAUGGGCCGUGCACACCCAGGCUGCGGUCCGUCAGCUCCUACGGGAACAUCCGAGCAGUUACCACAGCCAGGAACCUGAACAAGUCCUUGCAGAACCUCAGCUUGAAUGAAGAAUCUGGAAGCUCUGUUGCAUUUUCUCCUGGGAAUCUCAGCACCAGCAGCAGUGCCAGCAGCACCCUGGGCAGCCCAGAGAACGAGGAGUAUAUCCUGUCCUUCGAGACCAUUGACAAGAUGAGACGAGUCAGCUCGUACUCUUCUCUGAACUCACUGAUAGGUGUGAGUUUCAACAGUGUUUACACCCAGAUUUGGAGAGUACUCCUUCACUUAGCUGCUGACCCCUAUCCAGACGUCUCUGACUUGGCCAUGAAAGUUCUCAACAGUAUUGCCUACAAGGCAACAGUGAACGCUCGUCCCCAGCGCAUCCUCGACACCUCCUCACUGACCCAGUCUGCCCCUGCCAGCCCCACCAACAAGGGCAUGCACAUCCAGCAAGUGGGAGGGUCACCUCCAACCACGAGUACAAGCAGCUCCAGCCUGACAAAUGAUGUGACAAAACAACCAGUCAGUCGGGACAUGGCAUCUGUGAGACCUGCCAAUGUUGGCAACAUGGGGGUGCAGUACACCCCCCACUCCCACCAGUUCCCCAGGACAAGGAAAAUGUUUGACAAAGGGCCAGAGCAGACGGCUGACGACGCCGAUGACACCGUUGGACACAAAAGUUUCAUCUCGGCCACGGUGCAGACGGGCUUUUGUGACUGGAGUGCCAAGUAUUUUGCUCAGCCAGUCAUGAAGAUCCCAGAAGAGCAUGACCUGGAGAGCCAGAUCCGCAAGGAGAGAGAGUGGCGGUUCCUGCGCAAUGCCCGGGUCAGGAAGCAAGCCCAGAAGAUCAUCCAGAAAGGCAUUUCCCGGCUGGAUGAUCAGAUCUUCCUCAACAGGAACCCAGGGGUCCCCUCAGUGGUGAAGUUCCACCCCUUCACGCCCUGCAUUGCGGUGGCCGACAAGGACAGCAUCUGUUUCUGGGACUGGGAGAAAGGGGAAAAGUUGGACUAUUUCCACAACGGGAACCCUCGAUACACCAGGAUCACAGCAAUGGAAUACCUGAAUGGGCAGGACUGCUCCCUGCUGCUGACUGCCACAGAUGAUGGUGCCAUCAGAGUGUGGAAGAAUUUUGCAGACCUGGAGAAGAACCCAGAGAUGGUAACUGCCUGGCAGGGGCUGUCAGACAUGCUGCCAACUACACGAGGUCUGGCCCGAAGGGUUUCAAUCUAUCUUGACAGAAGUAAACAGGGAGGAGCAGGAAUGGUGGUCGACUGGGAACAAGAAACUGGGCUCCUGAUGACAUCGGGAGAUGUGAGGAUCAUCCGGAUCUGGGACACGGACCGGGAAAUGAAAGUACAGGACAUCCCCACCGGAGCAGACAGCUGUGUGACCAGCCUUUCCUGUGAUUCCCAUCGCUCCCUGAUCGUGGCGGGGCUGGGGGACGGUUCCAUCCGCGUCUUCGACCGGCGCAUGGCGCUGAGCGAGUGCCGUGUCAUGACCUACCGGGAGCACACGGCCUGGGUGGUGAAGGCUUACCUGCAGAAACACCCCGAGGGCAACAUCAUGAGCGUCAGCGUCAACGGGGACGUGCGGUUCUUUGACCCCCGGAUGCCCGAGUCCAUGAAGGUCCUGCAGAUAGUCAAAGGGCUGACGGCCCUUGACAUUCACCCACAAGCCAACCUCUUUGCAUGUGGCUCCAUGAAUCAGUUCACUGCAAUCUACAAUGGAAAUGGAGAGCUGAUCAACAAUAUCAAAUACUACGAUGGAUUCAUGGGACAGAGAGUUGGAGCCAUCAGCUGCCUGGCUUUCCAUCCACACUGGCCUCACCUGGCCGUCGGCAGCAACGACUACUACAUCUCGGUGUACUCGGUGGAGAAGCGGAUCAGAUAACGGCGGCAGCGGCGGGAGGGGAUCCCGGCGGGAGGGGAUCCCGGCGGGCAGGGCCGUGUCUCACCCACUGUACAUAGUGAAACCAUCGACUUGAAUGUCUCGUGUGGCUGCUGCUGCUGCGACCCCCAACUUGAACUUUUUUUUUUUUUUCUCCUAACACAGCUACUGAUCAUUUUGACGAGGGGAAGAGACAAUCUCCUUUCUUGGUUGUUUUGUUUUUUGUUUUGUUUUGUGGGGUUUUUUUUCCCAGCUAUACCCUCUAAAAGCUACAGAAAAGGAACAUUUUAUUUUUGUUUCUGGUGGUUGGCUUCUCUAUUAGAAACACGGCUCCUGAGCUUGGCAGGACUGAAUGGGGCAAUACCCCUGAAAAAGGGCUUCCUGGUUUAGACUUUCUUUGGUCUGCUGGAGCAUUUAAACCUUGCUUGAAGCAUGGAAGUUGCUUUAAGGACUGAAGUCAGGACUCACCUACAGCUCCGUGCAUCUGACCAGGCUGUGGGACCCCCCCAGCUGCUGCCAGCCCUGAGCCAGACCAGCAUUCCUCCAGCAGGGCAGCCAGACCUGAGCUGCCCAUCUGCAGAAUCAAGGAACAUGCUCUGGUGCUACAGGAAAGUGUCUCUGCAUGAACUUUGUCCUCUCUGCAGCGUCCUCUCCAGCAGAAGCAGAGACACAGGCAGCGUGGUGGCAAGGAGAGGCAGGGAUGCCCAGGAGAGGGGCUUGAGAUGGCAGGAGCAGGGCAGGAUGCCACCCUACCCAGGAAGAAGAGGGAAGAAAGAGAAUGGACAUUUCUAAUGUCCCCACGAGCCAGGAGCAAGUCACUCAUGGAACCACUUUCCACCCCAGCACACAGUGCUGGUGACAAGGUCUGGGGUAUUUCUGUCACUGUCACUGCUGCAGUCACUGUCCUUGUGCCCACAGUGAACUCCACAACCACGUUUGAAGCCUGGGAGCUCUGCCCAGACAGCGAGGGAGGCUCCAGGGUCAAGCCACAGGCUUCUGCCUGGCUCCAGUGUGCUAAUAAUAUUCAGCAAGCUGAUUGCCAGGAGGAUUUGCACACUUGCUGUGGUGUGUUUGCAGCUGCACAUACUGUGUGGCCAUGGCUUGUCUGUCUGUCCCUGCAGAACUGGGCACGUCGCCACACAGGGUCUGAGCACAAGAGAAUCACUAAAAGAGGGGGAGACAGCAGGCCAUCCUGCUUUGAGGAAAACAGCUUUUUCCUGGCCUGCUCCAUCUUCUGCACCUUCCACAUGUGCAUAAUUAAUGUUUCUGUCCCUUGAAACCCAUGGUGGGUCUGGAGAUGGGUGUGGGGAAGGGGUGGGCACAGCCAAAGGGCACGUUUCUCUCAAGUGCUGCCAAGGUGUGAUCUACCUGGUCAGGAACAGAACUUGCUCUGUGCAAAAAUCACUGCGGUGACAAAGCUUGACCUGCCAAGUCCCAGAGUUCCCAGUUUUCCUUUGAGGGUUUGGGGGGUCUGCAGGCUCCCAGCAGGCUGCCAGGGAUGAGGCUGAUGGUGAAGGGAGUACUGAUGUGGGAAGGGGUGAGAAAUGUUCUGUCCCUGUGUGGUGGCUCCUGUGCCCCUGACCUGUCCCUGCUCCUUGCACUGGGUCAGCUUGGUCUGUGGGGCUGUGCAGGGCACAGGGGGCCCUGCUGCCUGUCCCAGGGCUGCCACAGGGGACCUGGGCACAAAGUGCCACACACCCAUCUGGACUGUGAGGGGUCCUGGAGCUGCCAGGGUGGAGCAGACACCACGGGCUGGGGGCUGUGUCCUCACCCCAGCACCGUCCCUGUCCCCCUGUACCAGGGAGGCCAAGGGCCUCUUCCCAGGAUGAUGAAUCAAAGGCUUUAAACUUCAGAAAAAACUACCUAAAAGUCCACUUUUGAAUUACCAAAAGUUUAAUUAUGGUCUAACAGAGCUGUGCCUCUUCCCAGCCUGCUCCAGUGCUGCCCCAGCCUCCAUCCCAGCAGCCCAUGAUGUCUCGUGGCUGUGCUGGCCAGCGUGGGGCCAGAGCUUGGGAUCUGCACGUAACCCAUUAACACACACAGCUUAAAAAAACCACAGAUUUUUAACUUCUAUCAGUGUCUUCAUGAAAGGAACCAGGAAUGCCUGGCAGAGGGCGAAGGUGCAUGGUGGGAAACUGCUGCUCUGGUGCCCCUCGGCCAGGAGGGGUUUUUAAUGAAUGUGGCCUGUUGAGCUUUCAUCUGAGCAUGUGUGGGGCUGUGUUUGCACAGGUCUGAUGCAGAGAUUCAAUCAUGAAGUUUAACCAAGGAUCGGGAGAGCAUCCUACCUAAAAAAGUUCACUUAUCUCUAUUUAUUUUACAAAAGUAAAAAAAAAAAAUUAAAAAAAAUUAUAAGAAACCCACACAAUUGUAAUGUGAGAGUAAAACAAUUACAAACAAAUAAAUGGUUAAUAAAAAAUAAAUGCAGAAACA